CUAUUGAUCUGUUUUGACAAACUUUAAAUGUGGCUAGACAGUGUAAAUUAUAACAGUUUAUUUCAAAAUCCCAGUUCAUUCAGUGUUAUCAUUGUUUUACAGUUUUUCUAUUUAUAUUUGAAAGUUAAAUGAUAUUCUUUUUACUUGUUAUAGUGAUCAACCGCUUUGGGUGUCAUUGAAUGUUUAUUAGGACUUUAGUACUUUUGGCUUAGUAAAUAAGCAAUCUGGGAAAACUUGGAUUAAAGUAUAUGCUUUAAGUGCCUACCCAUUUUAUUCUGUGCAGUUAGCACAGGCUAAUCUGGGACGAGGCUUGUCGCCUACUUUUUCUCACGGAUUUUCGAAGAAACCUCCUUUAAACGAAGCAGUGUAUACACACGGAAAGUGUCGUUCAUGCAGUUUGCACAGGCUGAUCCUGGACAACACUUUACGCAAAUUCAUUAAGCCCAGUUUGCCCAGAAAGCGGCUAACGUUCAUAUAAUAGUAAACUGGUAUAGGUUCAGCAAGAUUUGGUACACGUAUUUCCUAAAAUCGAGCAACGAGGAUAUCCGAUACCUACUCAGCCUGUUCAUAAUCCACCGCUGCAAAAGUGGCUGAAUACCAACUCACAUUCUUCGUGUAAUAUAAGCCAUACAUCCAGCCCGUUACAGGCGGAUGUCAUGUUACAGAGAAACAGCUUAAUAAACAGGAAAUAAGUCCAACGAUUAACCGUUGACCAUUCGUCAUGGAUGUUUUAAACAAAUCCGCUCUGUACGACUGUCUGGAUUUUGUGCCUGGAUACACAUUCGGAUUACUGUUCAUGAGCUGCUUUUCGUCGAUCGUUGGAUGUUGUGUCAUUUUCUGGACGUACCUCAAACUACCGGUAAUUCGAACCUUUUCACGAAGGUUAUUACUAUUCUUAAGUGCCGCCGACUUUUUAAAUGCAGCCGGCAAUUUGAUCGGUGGCGUCCGCUACAUGUUCUUAGAGAGAACGGUCAGCCCGUGUACGAAUCUCAAUCACUCCGACGCCGUUUGCAUAGCACAGAGUUACAUAACGACGUCUGCAAGUAUGGCGUCAUUCUUCUGGACUUCUGCCAUCGCGAUUUACAUUUUGUGUCAGCAACUGAGAGUCCAAACAGGAAUCUCGUCUGCAAAGGGGCUUAUAUUUUACAACCUUGUUUGCACUGGGAUUCCAGUGAUUAUAACAUCGGUGGCCAUUGGAAUGGAUGUCCUAGGGGCCAACAACUCUGUAGGGACAGGGGGCUGGUGCUGGAUAAGAAGCUCCUUGUCUAAUCGCACUCAGACAGUCUGGAUGUUAUUGGCGGGAAAAUUCUGGGAAAUCGCCUGCUACUUGCUUACCGCACUUGUGUUCGUGAUUGCAAAGUAUUGUAAAUUAAACGAGACGGCACACGACGACGACGCCCCGCGCAAUUCUACAAACAUAGACCUCUCCGAAAUUCGACCCCAAAAUAACAAGAUCCUCUAUUACUGCAUCAGCCUGUAUUUGUUGAGAUUAUGGGGUACAGUCAGAUUUUUUAUCGCUAUCUUCAGUGGCAACAUGGAUUCGAUAGAAAUCAGUCUGACCCAAAAGGUUUUACUCAUCAUGCAAAGCAUUGGUGACAGUUGGCAAGGGUUCUGGAACUUCUUCGUGUUCUGUCUGUUAGACGACGUGGUUCGGGAUUAUAUUUGCGCAUGUUGCCGAAGUUGUCGCAGUGGUUCCCCGCGCAUCGAAGAACUAGAACCAAUUUUACAGGAUUAAUACUGCCGCAAUUUGGUCUUCAACAGAAGCUUUACAUUUGUGCCAAAGCAACUGUUAAGAAUUAAAUAAAAUUAACUGCCACCUCUAAUUGAAUGUACAUUUACUAUGCACUUUGCUUAUUUGAAAUAAAGUAGAAUUGGUU